AAAAGAAAAGAAAAAAGUCUCUCUCCUCCUUUCCCCCAAAUCGAUCGACGGACGGACGGAAGAAGAAGAAACUCCUUCCAUGGCGAUUUGGUUCUAGCCUUCCUUCCCGAUUAUUCCCCUUCCUUCCUUCUCGCCCGCCCGGCCGGCUGCUCGCAGUCCCAACCGCCGGCGGCUUCCGCGCAUCCAAUUCCAAUCUGCACGCCACCGCCCAGCUGCCGCCGUGCCCAAGGAGGAGGAGGACCCAAGGAGCAAGAACCACCGGGGCUCCUGGUCCGGGGAGCAACCAAGUUUCUGCAUCAUCUGCACUUUGUUUACCUCAUUCACGACCAUCGGGAGGGCAAAGCAGAUGACAGAUUGAUACUAGAUACUACUCCUAUAUUCAUAGUCAUAGAUAACAAUCAAUGGCUGUUUGUCAUGAUUAGUAAAUGGUGAAUCGGAUUGGUCGCAUCGCAUGCAGGAAGGAGAUAGAUCGAUAGAUGGCGGAAAUGGUCGGGCCGCGCGUGUACAGCUGCUGCCACUGCCGCAACCACGUCUGCCUCCACGACGACAUCAUCUCCAAGGCCUUCCAGGGGAGGAAUGGCCGCGCGUUCCUCUUCUCCCACGCCAUGAACGUCACCACGGGGGCCAAGGAGGACCGGCAGCUCAUGACGGGGCUCCACACCGUCGCCGACAUCCACUGCCGUGACUGCCGCGAGGUGCUCGGGUGGAAGUACGAGCGCGCCUACGAGGAGUCCCAGAAGUACAAGGAAGGCAAGUUCAUAUUCGAAAAGGCCAAGAUCGUGCAGGAGAAUUGCUAGGCAAAUAAAUGAAACAAAAAGAUAAGAUUCAACACAAACACAUGUGUGCUCCCAGGAGAAUGCUAUGCUCUCUCUUCUUUGUACAUAGCAGCAGUCAGUUUUCUUCUUGUUUCUAAAACUACUACUACCAGUCUGUUGGUGUUAUUUCCAUGCCAUUUGUGAUUUCUUCUUUCAAAUGGUUUGUGAUUUCUUGUGUGGGGAGACAAGCUUGUUAUCUUCAUUUGUGUGGGAACCAUUUUCUCAUUGGUCAUAAAUAAAAUGGAUGGUUUAACAA